AACAAAACCCUAAACCCCAACGAAGAGGAACACACGACACCCCUCGGAUUUCAAAGGCCAAACAAAAAGGAAAAAACAUUUUCUUCAAAGCAGCAAUGGCGGAUCCCGUUAUCUCUCUCGAUAAGGUCAAAGCCUUCUGGCACUCUCAGGUCCACGAUGAAGAAAAGUGGGCUCUCAACAUGAAACUGCUGCGAGCUGCUGGGCUAUUUGCUGGAUCCAUUUUUCUAAUGCGCAAUUAUGGUGAUCUUAUGGCCAUAUAAGGAAUUAAAGGAUGGAUUGAGAUCUUCUGAUUAAUAUCAUAUUCUGUUACUUUGAUGUAAUGCCAUAGUCUUCUAUGCCACAGCUAUUUGGAAAUGCAUGCAUUUGUUACUUUUGUGGAUGAAAUUUAGGAAGCCACUUGACAAUCUCCUCUCUGAUAUGCUCAGUUGAUGAUGAUUUCAAACAUUUUUAGUAACUUUUAUUUAGCAUGGUAAUAUAUGCUUCUAAAUGUUGUGGAAUAGAAUGAAAUGCACUGAUUCUGAUGAA